GAUCGGUGACGUCGGGGAGCCCGUCGAAAGUAGAAAGUUCCGAUCGCGAUUGCUAGUGUCCCCCGGAGCGUUCCAGCUGGUUCUGUGACGCUCGAGACGAUCGCGGCUCCCGGGGACGUCAACGAACUUUCGAUCCCGAUAGAUUCCGUUUCAGACGUCACGUUAUCACCGCUCGAUCACAUGGGGAUAGCCAUUAACACGUCAAGUGCCAUGUCAGACACUGACGCUUCUGAAUUACUUGGAACCGUCGCACGAGAUAACGGACACUAAUGAAAAUGUUUAAUAACGUGACUGAGCUUAUAGUGUCAAUAGUAAUGCGAUGUAGUGAAUAAUUAUUGCUUCUUCCUAACGAGGAUACCUACAGAAAAAUGGUCAAGACUCUCGCGGCGCUUGUCAGAUGUAAUUUUAGACCCUUCUUUACACGGACUAUCCUUCGCCUGUGCACUUUCAUGAUAGUGUUAUUCGUAUGCAAUCUAGUGUUACGCAAUGCCACUGGAGAAUGCUAGGGGGUUCGAAUCGCGAUCGGUCGGUACGGAAGCCAUCUAUGUUCGCUGCGACGUUUCGGACGCCGAAGAUUUUCGGCUAGUUGAUCGAUGACCGACGUGACGCCUCCAUCGUGGACACGAUAGUGCGAGACAGUCGAAUGAAAUUGAUAGAGAUGAAUCGUCGACUCGCGAGACAGAUUAAGAUGGACGAAUUAGAUUACGACGGGAAGCUAGGCGACCAAGAACCGCCGGAGGGAAAGGGGACAGCUCUCAAGGGUUACUGGGAUCGCGCCACAUCGUCACCUUCAUGCUUUUCCUGGGCAUGGCGAACGCCUAUGUGAUGAGGACCAACAUGUCCGUGGCGAUCGUCGCGAUGGUGAACCACACAGCCCUCAGGGAUACAGACGAGCACGAUGUGGUGACCAACGAGUGCGGAUACGAUCACAACAUAACUGCCGCCGCGGCUAGCCACAGCGACGGUGACUUCCCGUGGGACAGCACGAUGCAGGGUUACUUGUUGAGCUCGUUCUUCUACGGGUACGUGAUCACGCAGAUACCGUUCGGCAUACUCGCGAAACGGUACGGGUCCAAGUACUUCCUAGGCGUCGGCAUGCUGAUCAACUCGGUGUUCGGGCUGUUGGUGCCUGUAUCGGCGAGGAAGGGAUACUAUUGGCUAAUGGGGGUUCGGUUCAUCCAGGGUCUGGGCGAGGGUCCAAUUGUGCCUUGCACGCACGCGAUGCUGGCCAAGUGGAUACCGCCGAAUGAACGCAGUAGGAUGGGAGCCUUCGUGUAUGCCGGUGCUCAAUUCGGUACGGUGAUAUCCAUGCCGUUGAGCGGAAUUCUGUCCGAGUACGGUUUCGACGGUGGCUGGCCAUCGAUCUUCUAUGUGUUCGGAGCGGUCGGCAGCCUUUGGUGCAUCGCGUUCCUGCUGAUGGUGUACGAGGACCCGGAGAGCCAUCCGCGCAUCGCCGAGGACGAGAAGAAGUAUAUACUGAGCGCUCUGUGGGGCAGCGCUGGAGCUUCGUCUCCUCCAGUGCCGUGGCGGUCCAUCGUUACGUCCUUCCCCUUCUGGGCUAUCUUGAUCGCUCACAUGGGCCAGAACUACGGAUACGAGACCUUGAUGACCGAGUUGCCGACUUUCAUGAAGCAGAUACUUCACUUCGACAUCAAAUCGAACGGCACUAUCUCCUCACUCCCGUACCUGGCCAUGUGGAUCUUCUCCAUGGUAAUCUCGCACGUGGCCGACUGGAUGAUCUCGACCGGCAAGUUCAACCAUACGUACACAAGGAAAAUCAUAAACAGCAUCGGCCAGUUCGGGCCGGCGAUCGCAUUGAUCGCCGCCUCGUUCACCAGCUGCAGCUCCUGGCUGACGGUGACGAUCCUGACCGUCGGCGUGGGCUUGAACGGUGGCAUCUAUUCCGGAUUCAAAGUGAACCACCUGGACAUCUCGCCGAGGUUCGCCGGCGUGCUGAUGUCCUUCACCAAUUGCCUGGCGAAUCUCGCCGGUCUUCUCGCCCCUAUCACCGCCGGAUAUAUAAUCGUCGGAACGCCGACGCAGGCGAAAUGGAGGCUGGUCUUCAUGAUCUCUGCGGGCGUGUACAUCGUGUGCGCGAUCUUCUACAUCAUCUUCGGCUCCGGGCAGAGGCAGUCGUGGGACAACCCGGACAAGGACGAGGAGAGGCACGAGAAGCAAGGCUUGGAGCCUGUGAAGACCAUAUCGGAGACGCAGCAUUGACAACGCGUCCGGCCGCGCGACGGACGCUCGUUCGCCGUUUCUCUCGUUCUCUCUUUUCCUCUUUCAUUUGCUCGCCUCAUCCGUGCCACCUUGCCGUCGACUCGACCGCGAGGGACCCGCUCGUUCGAGGAGACAACACGUUCGCUUCGAGGGCGUCCAUUCCUAUCGUGUUCGUGCGGAUCGCGCGAAUAAUUCAUGCAUCGACAGCUUAACGCCGUCGACAGAAGCGUCGACUCCGCGUUGGAGAACGCGGGUUGAUCCGAAAGACACCUUACGGACCAUCAAACGUCGAACAGCUCCUCCUGAACGCGUCAGCGUUGCGCUCGGAGGACUGUCUUAUUGAUUCGAGUCAAGCGCCUGGUUUCUACGCGAUAUUUAAAUGGAAUGAGAAAUGAGCGAAAGUGUGUGCCAGAACGUGCGUGCGAAUAUACGUGUCGCGGGGAGCAGAUAACGGAGAGACAAAGAGAGACAGAGAGAGAUCGAGGGGGAGAGGAGGGUCAGUGGAGGGUAGGAGAAGACAGAGAGUGAGAGCGAAUGAGAGAGCGAGAGUGAAAGAAGCGGAUAAAGUGAGUGAGCGAGUGAGAUAAGCGAGUGCAGAUUUUACAUUUUUAUAUAGCGUCCCUUUUCCUUUAACGAACACGUUACGUGCCUUACGACCGACAAUGCCAGAACAAAAAAACGAUAAAGAACCACCGGAGGGGUUCCCCGAAAAUCGGAGGAUUCCGUUGGACGGGCGGGUCUCUUCCGAUCGAAGCGGGCGCCGGCGUCCCUCGCGCGGCGGCCCGAAGAACGCUCGACGAUCGUCCCGGAAGCCGAAGACGAGUCCGGUAGCAGCAGCAGUAUUAGAGCAAAAUAUCCUCGCGUUCGUCAAGCCCUCCAUCUUCCGUCACGCCCUCGUCCGCGCGCCGCGCGUUUUACCGCAACACAACUGCCAUUUUGUAUUGUACAACUCGACGACGAAGGGAAUUAUUUUUCGAUCAAACGAGAGAGAUAGAGAGAACACGGUUCUCUCGGUCCACGAUCUCUCGCCGACGGGGGAAUCAUCGUGCCGAUCCACCUCGGAGAAAGCUGUUCGCACGGGAAACGGCCGCGCGCGUUGCCAAUACAACAAUGGUUUUAUACAUACUUGUAGAUAUUUCCACGCGUAUUCUUUCUACUAAGUUAUUAGCUGUUAGAUGAAUCAUUUGCUCCUACUUAUUUAUACGACGUGUACAAAGCGAAACAUAAGGAAACGAAGGAAAAGAGUGUUUCAAUUACGAAUCGUAUUGAAAUCCGAGGGUAAAAAAAAAUAAGGAAGAACAUUCGAAAGGAAAUGAUUUACACCUGCGUAGUGGAAUGCAUUUUUCUCUUUUCUUUAAUUAUAAUUGUUGUUGUCACUAUUAUUAUUAUUAUUAUUAUUAUUAUUAAUUAUUAUUAAUUAUUAAUACUACGUAAUAUUAUUAUUAUUAUUGUUAUUGUUAUUACAAAUUAUCAUCUUCAUCGACAUCAUAACGAUCAUCGCCAAUCGUGUCAUUUAUAUUAUUGCCAUCGAAAGGAAUUAUCGUCAUCUUCGUCAUCGUCAUUUGUCAUCGUCAUAGUGAAAAUAAUUAUCACCGUUAUCGCGCGACCGAUAUCUAUCUAAAUGCGUUACCGAAUCACCUUGUUACUGCAGGGGUAACACCGUUCUUUUCUUCCAUGAAGACGGACAGACCGACAGACAGACGGACGUACAGGAAACAGAGAGAAACAGUUACGAGUAUUCUUUUUCUAUCCGAUCUUACCGCAAGCGUGUCGCGUGCCCUCGCGGCGUCCUGUUCGACGCGACGCGUUCCGCAGUACCUGCGUUCUUCUGUGAUCACGUGCCAAGGAA